CUGAGACGGUAUUGCCAGGCGCAAAGUAUAUAUAUACAUAAAUAGAUUAAAACAUAUUGUGAAAUCACACGAAUAAUUACUUAUAAAAAAGGGAGGCUUCUGAUAUCUUUAUUGCAUGAAAAAGUGAAUUUAUUGCAUGAAUAAAUACUUGUUCUAAAAAUUGUCUACAACAAAAUUACAAGGGCAUCAAAUUAUAUUAGCUGACUUCCGUAUUACAUUUGAAUGGUUCGUUGGGUGAUCAUCAGAUUAAAUCAAAGAAAACCCGCCUAAAUUGAAUAUUAAAUACUAAGUUAUUAUACUAAUAUAUUCGUAUGGCAGGAGCAAGUAGAAGUGAAAGCCUGGAAGAACAAUUUUCUACCAAAUGUAGUUUAAGAACAUCGAAAAGUGUAAACAAACCUCUGGAGUGUAUACCGCUGCUGUUGUCCGAAGUUCUGCGUUGUAAGGCAACAUCUUCACCCGCAGUUUAUGAGGCUUUUGAUGGUGCGUUGAUAUUUCGUACAAUGAUAUUGCAUGCACGUGUUGUUGGUAAAAUAAUGCUUGGCUGUAAAAACGGGCAAUAUAAAUUUGAAAUCGACGAUUGUACCUCAGUUUUGCCGCUAAUUUUUCGAAAAAAACAAGAAGAUAUUAACGAAAUUCAACGCUUGAAAAAUGAAGUGUCUGCAAGAAUAGCAGGCAAGCAAGGAAAAUAUAUUUUAGAUGCACUACAAAGAAUACUGGAUGCAACUGGCAAGCAGCUGGACCCAUCUCGUAUUUCCGUUGGCAAUAAAAUAUUUAUAUUUGGCAGGCCAAAUUUAUUUCGAGAUCAAAUAAGUAUUUUUGGAUUUAGCUGGGAUUUGGAUGAAGGUUCUGAUAGAAGUAUGGAAUUAUCUUUUAAAGAUGAGCUUAUUGAGUGGUAUAUGAACAUAUACCAACACAAUCAACCAGCAAAAUAAAAAUCGUAAUUGUGUAUUGUUAAUAAUAUUGUUUUAAUGAUUUAUUUUAACGAUCGGUUUUCUAUUUUUUUUAUUUAAUGGUUUGUGUUUAAAAUUUAAAUAAAAAAUAUUAAUACACGCCUAAUAGAACGUGCUCCAUUUUUUCUUUGUUCUUUGUCAUAUAUUGAACUUUUACAUCUAAAUAUUUCUCCGUUAGAAAAAGAACGAUAAAAAUCCUAGUCUCGUAAAAAUAAAAUAUCUUAUGAUGUUUUCGCACGAAUCGCAGCUCGUUUUCCAGUAACGGCUUGGAAACCAGAUUUAAUACUUGCUACGGAACAUCUGGAUCCACAAGAUUCACAC